ACAUCACGAGAAGCAAUCCAUGGAACCUGAGUCACAGAGCCAAAGAUCCGAGUGACAUGUUUCACCUUCACCAUUUAGUUUGCGAGCCUUCAUCGAGCGAACAGCUUUUUUAGCCUCAUAGCUCGAAGAAAUCAAACCUGGAGAAUAUUUUAAUGAGCAGGUUAGGAUAGAGAAGUAGAUCAUGUCUGAACACAUCAGGAGCUGGGCCUCCACCCAGGAGCUCAUUGAGGAAUUCGACCACAUCCUGACAGAGAACAGGUGGAUGCUCGACAACCUUGCCAAUGUUGAUGGGGACUUAGUAGAAGAGUUCCUCAAGGAGGAGCUCUUCCCCUCUACUCCUCUGUUUUCGAAGCCUUCUCUUUCUCCCGUUAUCCCUGCUCCUCCACAGAUGGGACAAUCUAACGAAGGUCCAGGGACCUGGACCAGUGCAGUGAAUAAGGAGGAUUCAGAGAGCUCUGUGUCUGACAGCACGCACAAGGGAGAAUCUGACGGGAUCCUAGCAACGAAGAAGGAAGUGCUGGUUACCCUUGAUUGGGACUCUGUAGAUGACCUGCUUAGGGAGACUUCAGGCAAAGAUGAAGAUUCAGAGAGCUCUGACUCCAUCAAGAAGUUCUUGGAAGAAUUUAACGUGACCCUGCAAGAGGAGUUUGAAAACAAGGUCUGGACUUACGGGGACAAUAUGGAAGACCUUCCUAGGAAGGAAGUGCUCCUCCCUCCUCCUCCAUCACUACUCCUUCAUCUUCAUCCUCCUGCUCUACCUCCAAACGUGAACUCUGUAGCGUCGUUCAGUGUCGACGCUACCGUUCCGGUCAGAUACAACAAUGAUCAAGAUAAUGUCUUUAGACCUCCUCCUCUGACAUUUCUACCUCCAGCUCCGUCUGCCCCUCCUCCACCCUCCAGCCAGGAGAUGAUGGAGGACGUCGACCACAUCCUGGCAGAGAAUGUCGGCAACAUGGUCCCCGCUGACUGGAACGUCAAGGAGGAAUUUCUUCCGGGAAAUGUGCUCCUUCUUCUUCCUCCUCCUCCUUCUCCUCUCAUCCUUCUUGGUCCACCACAGUUCUACACUGAUACUUUGAUUCUGCACAGUUUACCCAUAGUCCACGUACCUGAAGGUUUCAAGCUAGAACCAAUUGGAGUCCUGAAUGGAGAAACCUUGUACGGCGUCGUUCCUCCUCCUCCACUGAAUGUUGGUCGAAGAAAGUCGAGCUUCAGCACACCGUCACGAGUUAGAGACCAGCGGGAUGAUGGCCAACCGUACGUUAAAAAGCCACCAAACGCCUUCAUGCUUUUCCUGAAGGAGAUUAGACCAAAGGUGGUGUCUGAACUCAACAUCAACAGAAGUGUCAUGGUGAAUAGAUUUGUGGGAGAAAUGUGGAAUUCUUUGGCAGUCGAGGUGAAGGCCAGAUAUUAUGAGAAGGCCAGACUGGAACAAAGGCUCCACCAGCAGCAACACCCUGGUUGGUCCACCAAUGAUAACUAUGGCAAGAAGAGGAAGAGGGUGAAAAGUAAGACCUCAGAGCAGCAGCAGCAGCAGCAGUACGGCCUACCCUCCACAAAGCCCGGUCCAUUUCUCUGCUUAAUCCCUCACUCCACCUCAGAGACGGCCCAAGACCAUCAAGGGCCCAAAGCAGAGACUGAGUCAGGGGGCCCCUCUUCUAUUUAGAACAAAUAAACUGUUUUGUUUCGCAU